AUGGAAAACAACAAAGAGUCAACAAUGCCGAUUGCAUCAGCUGCGGCCGCUGGACCUGCUACGGAUUCUGUAGUAGAAGCACAAACUGCUCCAAAUACGGCGCCGGCGGAUAGCACAGCGUCGCCUGCAGAUGUUCCUACGGCAUUGCCGACAUCAUUGUCCACAGCAUCACCUACAGCAUCGCCGACAGCACCUGAAGCAACCCCGACGCCCGAGCCUACGGCCACAAGAUCAUUGCCGGUAUCCGACCCAAUGGCAAUCCUACCCGUGGAGAACGAACCUCCACCACAAUACGAUGAGCACAAGAAAGACGCAAUCACAACUCCGGCUCCGGCUGUUACAUUACCUCAAACCAACGAGAAAGGCACACCAAUUGGCCCGCAAGUUCCAGUUGCCCUGCGGGUGAUUCCACUGGCACAACUUGGUGAAGAGCCCGGACGUAUCUGUUGUCCAUUUUGCUUCCAUGAGGUUCAGACCAGAGUGAACAAGGAGAGCACUAGUGCUACAAAUAUGGCGGCGGUGUGCUGCUGUCUCUUCGGCGGAAUCUGCUGUGCAUUCCUACCGUUCUGUAUGGAAAUGUGCCAUGACUCGCAUCACUUCUGUACGAACUGCGGCGUCCAAGUAGCAAUUCAUCCCCACGAAGGCCCUGUACAGCAAUUCGGACCUAACUCACCUGGGGCAAUUAUCCAAGCACCGGCCCGCAUCGAGCCGCCACAGGCUGUUAUGAAGAACUAA